AUGGCUUCCAUGAGCCCUCUGGCCGGAGCCAUGGCUGGAGCUAUGGCUUCACAAGAUCAGCCUGAUGGCCACCCGCAAAAGGGCUCUUUGAAUCUGAGCCCGGAUGAAGUGCGCGCCCUAGAAAUGACCCGCCUCCGCUUAGUCCAACUCUGCAACGGCCUCGAACGCUUCAAGGCCGACAUCUACAGGAGCAACCCGCUACCUAACCCCCAGAAUCUCCAGAACUCUGCGCGGAUUCUCAAACAAAACAUGUCCUACCUCCUCGAGAUAAUCCAGCAACAUUCCUCCACCUUUCAGCGCGUCGUCGUAUACCCUUCCACCAACUAUCCCGGUCGCACACAAGAAGGCGUGGUCAUGCAGCUACUCCGGAAGAAGCUCGAACCCGACGUCGAGACACUUGUAGAAUCUGCCCGCGAGGCGGCACUCGCCGCUGGCAUCGACCCGAAGACUAGCUUCAACUCCACGGAAGACUCGCAGGAGAGGAAGGAACGAAAUAAACGUGCUAGGCUCGAGGCGGAAAUGCAGGGCUACGGGCGCAACACCGACGACGAGGACGAGGACGACGAUAAUUCCGAUGACAGCGAGGAGGGCGACCCGGAACCCCACGGCAUAGGCGAUGUCUGGUUCGACUCUCGCGCGUGGUGCAAGACGCGGCUCGCCGAGUUCGUCAGGGACGACUAUCAGGACGCUUACACGGCCGAGGAGCGCGCCAUGGGUAUCGAGAACGUGCGGACUGGCCUGAGGCAGAAUCUGGAGGACGAAUAUGAAGAUGAGGACGAGGAUGAGGAUGAGGAAGAUACCGAGGGCGACCAGGCUAUGACGGAUGCUUCGUCUGUCCCUCCGAGUAGUGAUCCCUCUUCUUCUCAGCCUGGCGGUGCGGGCCCAGGACAGCAGCAAGUGAACACUACGCGGCCGUCGGUGGGUGAGGAUCCGGAGCGCAUGUUGUGGUUCUCUCUCCGGGGAGACCGUGACUUGCCGCCUGGCAUUGAGUUGGAGUCUCAGCGGGUUGAAAAGCCUGGCCAGAAGAGACGUUUCGGUGAUCGCUAA